AUGCUGUUAACCAACAAUCAAUUCAUCUCCGAGUUGGGGAAAUUAUUUAUGACCUCGAGGAUGGAGGGACAAUCACAGAGCAUUCGAAUCACCAUUAAACCGUAUGAUGGCCGAAAAAAGCCGGUCCCUAAAAAUGGCGACUUUGGCGAUAUGAACCAAGUGAUUUUCCGCGCACGCGUCGGGUCGAAGAAGAUCAGCACGGCGAUCAAUCAGAAAGAAGUGAACAACUUUCAUGCACAGUAUGCGGCUUGUCUUGCAAGGAAUAUGGAUGGAUUGCAAAAGGCAAAGAAACAGGAGACAAAUAAGCCGUUGCGA